UCGGCGUGAAGCAGCCGGACGAGGGAGUUGUCUGCAAGGUUGCAGCCUGGCAGAGUGAGCAUUCAGCCCGCACACCCUGAGCUGAGCAGAAAGUUGCAAAGUUUUUCCCUGCUGCCUGGAGUGAACUUGGGGGCGCUCGUGCCCGCGGCUCUCGCGAGAGCGCGCCCUGGGGCGGCUGCCUUGUCCCUCCUUCCCUCAGUCAAGCGGUCGACUUGCCGGCGAGAACCAUGCACCGCCUCGGGCGCCGCUUGCACCCUCUCCGGCUUCUCCUAGCCCUGUUUCUCGCAAACUCCGCGGCUUCAGAGCAGCCGAGCAUCCCUAAAGAGAAUCUCCUAGUGCUCACGGUAGCUACCAAGGAACCCGAUGGCUUCAAACGCUUUAUGCAGACUGCUAAUCAUCUCAACUACACUGUCAAGGUACUUGGUGCCGGGGAAGAAUGGCGUGGAGGAAAUAUACCCCACUCGAUUGGAGGAGGACAGAAAGUACGAUUACUGAAGGAGGAGAUGCAAAAUUAUGCAGAUCGUGAUGACCUUGUAAUAUUAUUCACUGACAGUUACGACGUUCUGUUUGCCAGUGGUCCUGAAGAAUUGCUGACCAAGUUUCAGCAGUUCAAUCACAAAGUGGUUUUUGCUGCCGAAGGACUUAUCUGGCCAGAUAACAGGCUCGCAGACAAGUAUCCCAAUGUGCGCAGUGGAAAGAGAUUCCUCAAUUCAGGAGGUAUUAUUGGGUAUGCUUCUUCCAUUAACAGCAUUGUAGAGAAAUGGCAAUUGCAAGAUAAUGAUGAUGAUCAACUAUUCUAUACCAAAAUUUAUGUGGAUCCUGUAAAGAGAGUUGCUCUCAACAUAACUUUGGAUCACAAAAGUAACAUUUUCCAAAAUCUGAAUGGAGCUGUGGAUGAAGUAGAGUUGAAAUUUGAACCAACCAGGGUCAGAACCAGGAACAUAAUAUUUGACACAUUGCCUGUACUAAUCCAUGGCAAUAAACAGACCAAACACUUGCUGAACUAUAUGGGUAACUAUGUUCCUGAUGCAUGGACUUCAGAAACUGGCUGCACAAUCUGUGACACCGAUCUAUUGGAAUUCUCAUCCCUGAGUAAAUUUCCCAGCGUGACUGUCGGAAUAUUCAUUGAACGGCCAACACCCUUUCUUCCAGAGUUUUUGGAAAGACUAUUUAGCAUCAAUUAUCCCCCAGAGAAGCUUACUUUCUUUAUCCACAAUAAAGAAGUUUAUCAUGAAAAGCACAUACACACGUUCUGGGAGAAACACAAAGGUAAACUUAAAGUGAAAUUUGUCGGGCCUGAAGAAGUCCUGAGCGAAGGCGAUGCAAGAAAUAUGGGAAUGGAUUACUGUCGGCAGAACCCAGAAUGUGAUUAUUACUUCAACCUUGAUUCCGAUGUUGUACUGACAAACCCAAAUACCCUUAAACUUUUAAUGCAGCAAAACAGGAGGAUAAUUGCACCAAUGCUUAUCCAGUACAAAAAGUUGUGGUCCAAUUUCUGGGGUGCGCUGAGUCCUGAAGGUUUCUAUGCUCGCUCUGAAGAUUACAUUAAUAUUGUCGAAAGAAGUAGAGUAGGUGUGUGGAAUGUCCCAUAUAUUGCUCAUGUGUACCUUAUUAAAGGUGAGGUCUUAAGAACAGACUUAAAGGAAAAGAACUACUUUAAUCUGGACAGGAUGGAUUCUGAUAUGUCACUCUGCAGAAACUUCAGGGAAAAGAAAAUAGAAAAGGAAAAAGGCUCCCCUACUCCGGAAAGUUGCCAUAUGUUCAAGCCCCCAAAGGGGGUUUUCAUGUAUGUCAGCAACCUUCAUGAAUUUGGACGGCUUCUCCCGACAGAAGGUUACAACGCCUCACGCUUGCACAGCGAUCUGUGGGAGAUCUUUGAUAACCCAUUGGACUGGAAGGAAAAAUACAUUCAUCCAAAAUAUUCAGAGAUAUUCACAGGAGGGGUGGUUGAAGAGCCAUGUCCAGAUGUCUUCUGGUUCCCCAUAUUUUCAGAGACAACUUGUGAUGAGCUCGUGGAGGAAGUUGAGAACUGCGGUGAAUGGUCUGGCGGAAAGAAUGAGGAUAAGCGAUUAGUGGGUGGAUAUGAAAAUGUUCCCACUGAUGACAUUCACAUGACCCAGGUUGGUCUGGAACAAGUGUGGCUACAUUUCAUUCGGGAGUACAUUGCUCCUGUUGCACUGAAGCUAUUUUCCGGUUAUCACACCAAGGGAUUUUCCAUGCUGAACUUUGUUGUGAAGUAUACACCAGAGAGACAGGCUUAUUUAAAGCCUCACCAUGACUCUUCUACAUUCACCAUAAACAUCGCCUUAAAUAAUAAAGGAAUAGAUUAUCAGGGUGGAGGCUGCAAAUUCCAUCGAUAUAAUUGUGCCGUUGAGUCAACCAGGAAAGGAUGGAGUUUCAUACACCCAGGAAGAUUAACACAUCUGCAUGAAGGGCUCCCAACUACAAAUGGGACAAGAUACAUCGCAGUGUCUUUUGUUGAUCCAUAGAACACCAAUGUCCUUUCACCCUGAUGAACAGACACAGUAUGACGAUAGGCUUCUUUCUUGAAACUCCCAACCUCCAGUUCAUCAGAUAGUUUUAAAACAGAUGUUUGAAUUUUUCGUGAUGACCCAGAAAUGAGUUUUAUUUUAAAACACAGAUUUCUAUUAAAGUUAAAUGUUUAUUUGCGUUGAAGGCAGGUAUCAGUAAAGAGAGAUGCUUGGCAGAAAAGUUUAUUGAACUGGUUAUGAGUGCCUCUUGCUGUUGAACUGCGGAAGGGCUCUUGCCAAGGUCCUUUGAGCCAGUGUUAUAUUAGAAUCUUAUGUUAAGAUGAUUCAGAGGCCACAUCUGCAAAUUUAGUCCGUUUGGAAUAUUUUAUCGCCUUUACUUUGCUAGAUUUGUACCCCUAGAAGUAGGUUAGUAUGACAUGCAAAGAGUUUUCACUCAUGCUUUUCACUUGGACCAAUUGUGUGCAAUUAAGCAGCCCCCUAACCACUGUGAUUAGAGGAAUAAGCCAACUUCAAUCAACCAUCAUCCCACAUAAGGCAGUUGAUGAUAUGCAACCACAGAAAGACAAACACCUUGCCUAUAAACUAUUCCCUCCCCCACCCAGUACCCAGUGAUCAAUCUAGACACUUUAAACUACUUUCUUAUUUUGCAAGCUGCAUUUAUUCCUCAAAUGAAGGAUUUUGCACAACUAAUUCAGCAACACCAGCUUUUUAGAAAAUAAAUGUCUCUUAUAAAAGCAUAAUUAUGUUUUUCUUCACUUGAUCUUUUGCUUAUGCACAUGCAAACCAUUUACCUGAUGGACAAAAUAAAUCUCUGGAAGUUUAUUUUCUGUUAUAUGGUGAGAGACUGAUAAUCACAACAAAUCUAUCGGUGUACUGUGUGUGACCUGCCUGGGAUGGGUAGGCUAGAGUUAACUUAUUCUGCCAACUGUUUUAAAUUUAAAUAAAAUAAUGUUUUGUGAAGGUA